AUGGGAAAACAAACGCUCGUGCCAGGUGUCCUCCACUGUUUUCGCUCUCUCGUGCUCCUGCUGCUGAUCACCACCGACUCCCCGGGUCCGGUCCGGUCCUCCCCGGCCGCCUCCGGCGCCCUGCUGCGCCGCCUGGGCGACAUCUCCCACCCGUACGACAGCAUCUUCUCCCCGCUGCUCAGAGCCCUGUCGGAGCACGGGGGGUCCAGGUGGAGCCCGGGGCCCCAGAAGGACAUGAAGCCCGAGCACAGGUACAUGGAGUAUCUGACCGAGGUUUACAAGAAGUCCUCCAGGGCGCAGAGGAGCGUGGACGGAAGUAGGAGCUACAACACCGUCCGGCUGAUCAAGCCGCAAGAGAAAUGUCUGGCGAAAAAUAAGAGAGAAAGAUUUAUGCAGGAUUUGUCCUACAGCCUUGAUCAAGUAAGAAGAAAAGAGCAGCUUCUGAAGUCGGCCCUGUUGUACAGUUUUCACCUUGAUCAUUCAGCACCUGUGAACUCUGUGUGUUACCUGAGUAUUAAGGAGCAGGAGCAGACGCACCAGUGCCUGCCGAGUCCGGGAGUCCACCACGUAGUGAACUUCACAGCCAGUGCAGACGGGAGGAGCCAGAGGAACUGGGUAGAGGUUGACGUCACCUUGUUUCUUCAGCCUCUCUUGGAGCUUCAGAGGAAGAACAUUCACCUGUUUGUCAUCAUCACCUGCCCGGAGGAACACGGAGCCGCAGGCAACAGGCGCACAGGCCCAUUGGAGUUCACGCUGGAGUCCCCCCCUCUGCUUCUCUAUCUCAACGACACCGGCAAAGCUGCCCCCCCGGACAGUCCCGAAGCAGGUCAAAGGUCGUCUGCCGCAUAUACCGUAUUCCACAAACAGAAGGUCUUUAAACCAGACCAGAGGCGGAGGAAGAGAUGGAAGAGGGAGUCUACAAAGUCCAAACAAGGUGAUAAAAGCCUGGACGUCCACCUGCCCGACCUCCUUUCAAGCUCUGAAUUCCCAACGAGUGAUUGCGCGUUGUAUGAUUUCAGAGUGCGAUUCAGUCAACUCAAACUGGAUCACUGGAUUGUUUUUCCACCAAAGUACAACCCCAGGUACUGCAGAGGCAUCUGUCCGAGGACCAUGGGCUUCAUUUACGGUUCGCCCGUCCACACCAUGGUGCAAAACAUCAUCUACGAGAAGCUGGACUCCUCUGUUCCCAGGCCUUCGUGCGUUCCCUCCCACUACAGUCCUCUCAGUGUCAUGAUCUUUGAAGAGGAUGGCUCCUACGUGUACAAGGAGUUCGAGGACAUGAUCGCCACCAGGUGUACAUGCCGAUAAGUUAACUUCAAACAGGUUUUUUUUUUGUUUGUUUGUUUGUUUUUUGGUCAUGUUUACAGGCUAACUUUUCUUCAUCAAUCAUCACAUGUGGACUAUUUCCACGUAUGAAAUGUUCUGACCAGGCUCAGUGGUUCCACGAAUGAGUAAAAGUGCAUGAAAGUUUGAUCUGGAGCAGGUGUGUUUACUAUUUUAUCAUAACGUAGAAGUGCGGCAUUUCUUUUUGUUAGGGCUCAAAAACAGUUGCAUACGCAGGCUGUUGUUCAACUUACUGUUUGCAAUGUGGUAGCAAAGCUAACACACUUGAAUAAAAAAAUGUUAUGUAUGAUUUAUUUCUUUUUAAGUUUGAUCCCUUUUUGUUAAUUUAUUUUGGGUGGGUUGUCUGUCAUUAUUCUUUGAUUUAACACAACUGUCAACUUUUAAGGAGCCCUGUUCUGGACACAAAAAUAAGAAGGAGCAAUCACAAAUUCUUAUCAAACCUUUUACAUCGUUCUAUCGUUUUAUGGGGAUUACAGGCUGCUGCCCAGAUGGCAGCGGUCUUCAUAAUGUCCAGAAUGAAAACUGUCAAGGUUUCAGUGUGUAUUUAUUGCUUCUACUCAACAAGUGACGUCAUACCUGCCGGCUGACUGCAUGCUUAAAUA